AAGUCACUAGACUUAUUAAUUACGGAUUCGCAACACGUGCUGGAUUGAACGUCUCCGGCAAUGCUUGAACGCGAUUUCAGAUAGAAUUGAUUGAUAAAAUUGAUUUAAAACUUUUUCUUGUAAUUACUAAUCUCUUACGAAGAUGAGCGACUCCGAAAUCGAGAAGAAUUUAGAGUACGCCAGUGAUCAAGAUGUUUCCAAGCAUCACACAAAACUUGUCGAUGCUGUAGAACAGCUGGAUAAAGGGCGAAAAGUGAAAAAAGCUGUGAGGAGCGAACCCAGUAUACAAGUUUCGGAGUAUCACUUAGUAAAAUCUGGAGUGACAGAUAAGGAUACUGUGCGUAUAGAAGACUUGGUGAAGUCACUGGGACGGAAGGGAGAUCAAAACAGUAUAAGUAAGAAACUCCGAUAUAUUCAACAGAAGAACAAAGUUCUUCCUAAACCAUUGGAGAAACCCACUGCUGAAAGAAUAAAAAGGACAAUUGGCUAUGACAGUGUCAAAAAGGAGCUGAGCAAAUGGAAUGGUAUAAUUGCUAGGAACAGAACAUCUGAUCGGCUGUCUUUUCCAUUAGAACGUACGGCAAAAGUGAAAAAUUUCAAUUCUUCAAAUAUUCCGGAGUUUCUAAAGGGAUUUAGAACAAAAUCUGAUCUGAAAAAAUUUGAAGAGGUAGAUCCAUCGUUACUAUAUCCUUCGGUCGAAGAAGAGAAAAAGGAUGAUGAACACAAAUCAACAAUGAAAGAAAUUAUUUCAAAGAGGAGGAUAGCUGCCAAACUCAGAGCACAGCAGUCAUACCAAGAGGCAAAGGCGCGUCGCCAACGCAAGAUAAAGAGUAAGAAGUUUCAUCGCAUUCAAAGGAAAGACAAGAUUAAGCAGCAGCUGAAGGAAUUUGAACAAUUGCAAUGUACUAAUCCAGAAGAGGCUUUGGCAAAGUUGGAACAGUUAGAUAAAACUCGCGCGGAAGAGAGAAUGUCAUUAAGACAUAAGAAUACAGGUCAAUGGGCUAAGAAUAAACAGAUCAAAGCUAAAUAUAAUAAAGACAUUCGACAAGAACUUGCCAAUUCAUUGGUCAUUAGCAGAGAAUUGACACAGAAAUUACAGAGAAUAGAUAGUGAUGAUGAUAGUGAAGAAGAAAAGGAAGAAGAAGAAGAAGCUGAGAUAUUGAAGAAGGAGAAUAAUGAAGUGAAGACUGAAUCUGAAAUUGAUGAUUUUAUCAAGAAUUAUCGAAAAUAUUGGGAUGAGAAGAAUCAGAAAGAAGAAGACAAAAAAAUCGAAAUUUCGAAUAAAAUUAUAUCGGAAAAAGAAAAGGUGACACAGAAAAUGAAUCGCAAAGUCAAAAAUGUACAACAAAAAAAUAAUACUUCACAGGAAAAUGCAAGUAAUACAAAGGGCAAUGAUGCAAGUAAUGCAAAAAGCAAAAAUGCAAGUGAUGCGAAGAUUGAAAAUUCAUGUGACACUGUAAUAGCUACAACCGUAUGGCAGAUUGAAGAUUAUAAUAAUGAAACAGUUGAAGAAAGUAAUAAUGAAAGUAAACUGUGUGAUAAGAACAAAUCGAAAAAUAUAGACGAAUUGUUUUACUCCAUGGAGGAAAAGUUAAAGCAUAAAGUCGAUCUAAAGCUGCAAGUGAAAAAGAAAUUUAAGCUAAAGAGUGAUGAGAAAAAGCAGGAGGAAGAGAAGAAGGAGGACGAAGAUGAUUUGUUGAAUCUCGAAUUUGAGAACUCUAAACAAAAACCUAUCUUAGAUUGUCCAUUGGAGGAAACGACCUCUAAAGAAAAUGUCCAGGCGAAUAAGAAUAUGAUGAGUUUGAAAACAAUAGUGAAUACAGAACAGGAAUCGACUAGCAACAACCAUGAGGUGGAAAUAGAUCCAAAGAAAUAUUCAGCUGCGAAACCAGAAUACUUAAAGACACAAAUGCCAGAUGUAGCGAUAGAUGAGGAAGAGAACAGCGAAGAUGAAGAGAAAAUGGAUAAAAUAAUGGACGAGGCAUUUGCGGACGAUGGUGUUGAAGAAUUUAAAAAGGAACAGAAGGAGGAGAUGGAAAAAUCGCAGCCGAAAACCAUCGAUCUGAGUUUGCAUGGAUGGGGCAAUUGGAUGGGGCCGAACAUUAAGAAAAGUAAAAUACGUCGUAAAAAGAAGAAAUUCAUAUUGAACAUGCCUAAGGAAACGCCGCGUAGACCCGAAAACCAGGGAAAAGUAAUUAUAUUCCACGAUGAUGACAAGAAGUUGAGGAAGCAUCAAGUCAGAGAGCUACCGUAUCCAUUCACCAGGGUCAAGGAUUACGAGGCGAACAUCAGGGCACCUAUCAGCAGGACCUUCGUCCCGAUGAACGCUCACUUAAAGAUGAUUCAGCCUACGGUUAACACCAAGCUUGGACAGGUGAUCGAGCCGAUGGACGAAGAUGUGUUGGUGAAGAAACCUAUGUUGAAAAAAACGUUGAAACGACGUAUCGAUAAAAAGAAAGACAAUAGAAAAAAUACUGCAAAGAAUAUUAAAAAGAGACGCAAAUCAAAUGUAACUGCAUAAUAAAAUUAAUUCUAUCGAAUUUCAUUAUUGUACAUAAAACUUUUAAUAAACUAUAUUAGUUACUAA